CAUAUUAAAGGAUAACAUAGACUAUGAGUGGGUCGGCAGUAGUACUGGUGCUGUGUUUGUGUGCGUUGGCCACCAAUGCCUUCAUCGAGAUCUCACCCAAGUAUGGGCCCAAGUCUUUAGGCCGGAUCGGCAGUCGUGUUGUGGGUGGUAGUGAUGCCUCAGCCACUCAGGCGCCCUUCCAGGCCUCCCUUAACGCUCAGGGAUCGUUUGGCUGGAGUCACAUAUGCGGGGGUUCACUGGUAGGCACCAAAACAGUCAUUACAGCCGCCCAUUGCUGUGAGGGUUAUUCGGCAGCUCAGUUGACAAUCAAAUACGACGGGUUAGGCCGGACUUCCCUCAAGCAAUCGUCUACCAUCUCCAAAGUGGACAUCCAUGCAAACUGGAACUCCCAGACCAUAGACUGGGACUACUGUGUGCUGACUCUGACCAAUAAUAUCGUCAAGUCGUCCACCGUAUCGACCAUAGAUUUGGUACAGACAGCGCCGGCACACAAUUCUCCCGCACACCUGACCGGUUGGGGUAAGACGUCGGGCAGUACUAACACCUUACCCGAGAAGCUACAGUACACCCCCAUGAAUAUUGUGUCCCAGGUGGAGUGCAACAAAAUAUGGCAACCGGCCGGACAGACAGUCACCGCCAGAAUGAUAUGCGCGGCUAACGCGAAGGCCAGUGGUUGCAAUGGUGAUUCUGGUGGACCCCUUGUUGUUGGUGGCCAACUGGUGGGUAUUGUCUCCUGGGUCUACAGGGGAUGUCCGGCUAAUACAGUCCAGUGGCCCACAGCCUACGCCGAUGUUGCCAAUCAGUACGCGUGGUUGAGCUCAAGGAUUCAAUAAAUGCUAAAAUUAAUUGUAUUAAAUAUUAAUAUGUAAUAAAAUUUUAUUAUAUUAGUUAAACUAAUAAAACUUUUUAUCAUUUAAAUAA